UACUACGAUGUUAUUACAUGAAUGUAGUAUCUACUCUACCGGCCAGUACUAUGCACGGUACGACACUUGCGAGCAGGCAAGCGCGAACGGACCCGUUGAGAACGCUGAUUCAAAACUAGUGCAAAAGGCCUCUGAUGAUUCGGCGCUGAUGGUGAAGGCGACUUAAUUAAAAUCAGAAGAUGGAUGGAUGCGUGGGCAGUGCAUCGUGUGGAUACACAUUUACAUUUAAUGACAGGACCCUCAGCCUGUCUCCUACCAUCUUCCUCGUCACCGUCGUCGUCGUCAUCGUUGCCAGUGCCGGUGUCGACCGCACUAGUAAGAGCCUCCACAUCGGGAAGUGGACAAGCCGGUCACUGCCACGACUGAUACAGCCCCUGCCCCAACCGAUUAUUAUUUGAUCCACAAAGACUGGCUGGGCUCAGCACAGAUCGUCGCCCAUCCACGAUAAUGUCUUGGAAGCUGGGUGCAUCCAAAAAGAGCAAAGAUGCCAAAGAAAAUGGCAUCGUAUCCCGCUCAGUCACACCUAUUCCGUCGAGGCCAACAACCCCAAGGCCAUCCGACCCACACGCACACCUCCGUUCGGGUAUGCUCACCAUUCGCAUAUUCUCAGGUCGUGGCCUCUCUCUUGCGCCCGGUGUGCAAGUGCCAGAGGUAAUUCAGAAGGCACUGGAUUCGUCCCCGUCGACCAGGCGAUCACACAGCAACCGAGACAGCUUUCAGAGGAAACGAAAUUGGUGGCUGCCAUACGUCGUACUCGAGUUCGAUAACAACCAAGUCCUGGUCGACGCCAUGGGCGGGGAUCUCGCUAACCCGGUGUGGAACUACCGUGCAGUGUUCGAUGUAUCACGCACAUCAAAUAUAUCCGUUUCAGCAUACCUUAGGACCGCUGCGGUCGUACAAAAUCAGGAGGAUAUGGGGAACGACCUCCUCAUGGCACGGGUGGACCUCACUCCAGCCCUUGACGGUCAUCACGCGUCCGAUCAAUGGUACGUAGCAACAGUAGGGUCCGGCUCGUUCCACCUUAAGGUAGACUAUCGGCCACUGCGCAAUGAGUCACUCGCUAUCGAAGCCUUUGAUCUGCUCAAGGUGAUAGGGAAAGGUUCCUUUGGAAAAGUUAUGCAAGUCCGGAAGAAGGACACUCAACGGGUAUACGCCCUCAAAACCAUACGAAAGGCACAUAUCGCUUCACGGCCCGGGGAGAUCACUCACAUAUUAGCCGAGAGAACCGUCUUGGCGUUAGUGAACAAUCCAUUUAUCGUCCCCCUCAAGUUUUCCUUCCAGACACCUGAUAAACUCUAUUUGGUGAUGUCGUUUGUUAACGGAGGAGAACUGUUCUAUCAUUUACAACGAGAGGGCAAGUUCGAUCAAGAACGCAGUAGGUUCUAUGCCGCAGAACUGCUUUGCGCGCUGGAGCACUUGCAUGGCUUCAACGUCGUAUACCGGGACCUGAAACCAGAAAAUAUCCUUCUUGACUAUACUGGCCAUAUUGCCCUCUGUGAUUUCGGCCUCUGCAAGUUGAAUAUGUCGGAAACAGAGAAAACGAACACCUUCUGUGGUACUCCUGAAUACAUCGCACCUGAACUUCUUGAAAGCCAAGGCUACACCAAAACGGUCGACUGGUGGACCCUCGGAGUCCUCCUCUACGAGAUGAUGACUGGCCUUCCACCGUUUUAUGAUGAAAACGUAAACACCAUGUAUCAACGUAUUCUGUCGGACCCUCUUAUUUUCCCUCCUGACAUGCCAUCCGAAGCAAAGAGCGUCAUGAUUGGCCUGCUUCACCGCGAUCCGACCCGGCGUCUUGGUGCGAACGGAGGAGAAGAGAUUAAGAGACACCCGUUCUUUGCCAAAUACAUCGACUGGCAUUGUUUGCUUCAGAAGAAAAUACAGCCGCCCUUCAAGCCCAGCGUGGAAUCUGUACUCGACGUCGCGAAUUUCGAUCCGGACUUCACCAACGAAGAAGCACAGGACUCGGUAGUCGAAGAUUCUCAUCUGUCGGAGACUGUCCAGGAACAGUUCAAAGGGUUCACAUACAACCCUGCCAGCGAGCACUUGAGCGAGAGUGUAAACUACGGACACGCCAUGAGAUAAGCUGGUCAUAUGCUCUUGAUGUUCGUUCACGUGAAUGCUGCGCCUUCCGUGCUCUUUUUUUCCUACCAUUUCACUCCUCACAAUUCAUUCUGUGGCGAAGAUUCCCCUUAUUAUAUUUCGUUCUGUCUCUCUCGUUCUUGUAGCCCCCCUCCGUCUUCCCCUCGAGAUGUGUCAUUAGCUUGCUUUAGAGGGGCACCCUGUAUGUCUCUGCCCUUUCGC